UGGCCAGGAAAGGGAUUCCAUGAUGGUGUGGAAUGGAGGCAACGAAUGGGCCAACACCAGAGCCAUCAUGAUCCAGUGUCCUGAGUGCUGGACAAGGACUCAGGGAGGCCGGGACUUGAAUCUUUGUUCAGCCACGGACCUCGGCCAAGUCACCCUCUCUUGACCUCAGAGGAAGCAAUGGUGACAACAUCCUCUGAAGAAAUCAUGACAAGAAAACCCCAGCAAGAUGGCUAGAAAUGACUUGGAGGCAGCCAACAGCAAUGGGUCAAAAGACUCCUCGAAGGUGGUCAAACAUAGCGGCCAGUUGGGCUAGGAACAUUAUUGAUGAGACAAAGAACAACAACAAGCAACCUGGUCACCAUGGGAAUGAAAUAGUCAAUGACAAUUUUAUAUUAAUAUAAAUAUCCCUCAGUGGGCCCCCAGUGGUGCAGUGUGUUAAAGCGCUGAGCUGCUGAACUUGUGGACUGAAAAGUCGCAGGUUUGAAUCCGGGGAGCGAAGUGGGCACCCGCUGUUAGCCCCAGCUUCUGCCAACCUAGAAGUUUGAAAACAUGCAAAUGUGAGUAGAUCUGGCAGAAGGUAAUGACACUCCAUGCAGUCAUGCCUGUGGCCACGUGACCUUGGAGGUGUCUACGGACAACGCUGGCUCUUCAGCUUAGAAAUGGAGAUGAGCACCAACUCCCAGAGUCGGACAUGACUGGACUUAAUGUCAGGGGAAAACCUUGACCUUUACCUACUCUCAGCAUUAAGAAGCCUCCUUCAAAUUGGAGUCCAAUUCAGGUAAGGGCCUGUAAUGCUUUUGGAGCAGUGGGCCAUGUGGUGUCAUGGUUUAUCAAACAAAGAAUGGUUAAACCUCUUUCACUUUUUAAAAAUAGAUUUUUUUAGAAUUGUACUAGGGAACUCAAUAUGGAAUUUUGGUUCAGAAAUAAAACAUGACUUCAAGUUGUGGCCGAUACUGUCUUGUUAGGCUGCAUCUACACUGUAGAAUGAAUGCAGUUCAUUCUACAUGGCCAUGGCUCAAUGCUAUGGGACCCUGGGAACUAUAGUUUCACAAGCUCUUUCACCUCUACCAAAGGAUGCCGAUAUCUCACCAAACUUAGCUCCCAUGAUCCCACAGCAUUGAGCCACAUGCAUUAAAGUGGUGUUGAACUAUUAAUUCUACAGAUUACUCCCUUUGAACCAACAGUAUCCAAUAAGUGUAUUUGAGUUGGGAGAAUCCACCUGGAAUUGAUCCUGUGUCUGGUCACAGAGGGGAAGAACGAGGCUGUGAGUGAUUGCAAGUAUCAAGGGGAUGAUGUCAUCCUUGGUGGAGGUGAUGGCAUCAUGAAGCCUUUGCCCUCCCUCGGCCAAUGGGAAGCCGGGCUUGGACCGUUGGAGAUGGAACUCUGCGGAAUUGUUUUGUAAAAGGACAGUUGGGAGUUCUGCUGGAGAAGGGAGCCGAAGACCGUGUCCCACCAUGAUGUGCCAUCAGGUCUUGAGGGCGGCAAGGCUCAUGGUCAAGGGGAGUGGCCAGAGGAUCCUGAGCGCCACGGCCAAAGCUUUGGGGUCCAGCCGGGGAUUCGUCACCACCUGCAGGCGUCCAGUGCUGCAGCAGCAGCUGCGGGAUCUGUCUCUCCAUGAAUAUUUGAGCAUGAAGCUCUUGAAGGAAGAGGGCAUCCCUGUCCCUUAUGGUUUGUUGGCCAGAACUCCGGAGGAGGCUUACACAGUGGCCAGAAAGAUCGGCACCGAUGACCUGGUGGUCAAGGCCCAGGUGUUGACCGGUGGCCGGCAGAACGGGGUCUUCGAAGGGGGCCUGAGAGGAGGGGUGCAGGUGGUCUGCUCCCCAGAAGAAGCCAGGGAGGUGGCCUCCAGGAUGAUCGGGAAGCGGCUGUUCACCCAGCAGACAGGCAAAAUGGGCCGCAUAUGCAACCAGGUCCUCAUCUGCGAGCGCAAGUACCUCAGGCGGGAGUACUACUUUGCCAUCACCAUGGAGCGGGCCUUCCAGGGCCCCGUCCUCAUCGGCAGCUCCCAAGGAGGGGUGCGCAUUGAGGACGUGGCUGCCGAGAACCCCGGGGCCAUCAUCAAGCAGCCGGUGGACAUCAUGGAAGGCAUCACCGAGGAGCAGGCUGUGCAGCUUGCCCAGAAGAUGGGCUUUCCGCACCACUUGCUGUACGAGGUGGCCGACAACAUGAUUAAGAUCUACAACUUCUUCAUCAAAUACGAUGUCAUCUUGCUCGAGAUCAACCCGCUGGUCGAAGACUCAACAGGGCAUGUGAUGUGCAUGGACGCCAAGAUUAUUUUCGACAGCAACUCGGCCUUUCGCCAGCAGAAGAUCUUUGAGCUGCAGGACUGGACCCAGUUGGAUGAGCGAGACCGGGAGGCGGCCAACGCGGAGCUGAACUACAUUGCCUUGGAUGGCAACAUCGGCUGCCUGGUCAAUGGGGCUGGCCUGGCCAUGGCCACCAUGGACAUCAUCAAGCUCCACGGAGGCACCCCAGCCAACUACCUCAACGUUGGAGGCAGUGCCACGGUGGAGCAAGUCACGGAGGCCUUCAAGCUCAUCACCUCCAACGAGAAAGUCCAGGCCAUUCUGGUCAACAUCUUUGGAGGGCUGAUGAGGUGUGAUGUCAUUGCACAUGGCAUAAUCAUGUCGGCCAAAGAUCUGGACCUCAAAAUCCCCAUUGUGGUGCGGCUGCAAGGAACACGGGUCAAGGACGCAAAGAACUUGAUUGCUGAGAGCGGCCUGAAGAUUCUUCCCUGCGAUGACCUGGACCAAGCGGCCAAAAUGGCCGUGAAGCUCUCUGAGAUCAUGGUCCUGGCCAAAGAGGCCCAGGUGGACGUCAAAUUUCAUUUGCCAUGAUGCUGCCAUUUCCUGCAGCCACCUCCCUUCCAAUUUUGGUGCGGAAACACAAAUUUCUGGCUAAGGGAGCCGACUUCCGAUUUUCAUACCAAAGGGCUGCAUUCUUAAUAUAAUAAUAAACCUGUCUGGCCUGCCUGCUUUCCUUACUUCCUCCCUCUCUUUAUGCAGAAGUAAAAUCCUUCUCAAUAAACUAAUUGGAGAUCAAAAA